AUGCCACUCUUCAACAAAAAGUCCAAGACGGUGAACCUGGGGUCGACCUCUUCUGAAGUCACCCUCGUCGACCCAACUGCCUACCAGUCUACCACCAAGAAGUCAGCACAAACCAAGUCCAAGCAUCCUAAGCCGGCGAAGCUGGCCUCGGAGAAGGACAAGUGGAACACAAUGGAAGCCAGGUUAGGUGAGAACUUUUAUUUGCCAAGGCCGUAUAUUAUCAACAAGUAA